UUUUUAGGCCUUUGCCGCGCCUCGGGAGCGCUACGAGUCCAACAGCCGCCCGAGCCGCCUUCCUGCUCGCGGUCUGGGGACGCGCUCGGAGCCGGGGGCCUUCGCCAACAGCCGCCGCGCCGGCCCGGGUCUCAGCCGCGCGCUGGCUGGGUACGCGGCGCGGCGGACGCAAGUGGUCGUCGCCAAGAUUCGGGCGAGGACCUUGAAAAUGGCUUCCGGGCAUGCGCCACGGCGGCCGUUACGAUACGCAAAACCGACGCCUGGGAGCCGAGACCCUAGAGGGACGGCGCCCAGCGCACCAUAAGGCUCCCGGGGCCCAGGGCUGACGGUGAGAGUGCACGAGCUGAGUCAGUGCUGAUUCUCUCAAAUAGAGCCUGCAGGAUAAAUCUUCAUGUUUGUUUCAACAAAACGUGGAAACAAAAUGGAAGAAAACAAGUUACAGUGCAGUAGUGUGAUUGACGGUAAUUUUGAAGAAGUUCCUAGGGAGACGGUCAUUCAGUUUAAACCUCCACUAUACAGGCAGCGGUACCAGUUUGUUAAAAAUUUAGUGGAGCAACAUGAGCCCAAGAAGGUUGCAGACCUGGGAUGUGGUGAUACUUCACUCUUAAGGCUGCUAAAAGUCAAUCCAUGCAUUGAAUUGCUUGUUGGAGUAGAUAUUAAUGAGGAUAAAUUACGAUGGAGACGGGAUACGUUAGCUCCUUUCAUGGGUGAUUUUCUGAAACCUCGGGAUCUAAAUUUGACCAUCACAUUGUAUCAUGGGUCUGUUGUGGAGAGAGACUCUCGUUUGCUUGGAUUUGACUUGAUAACGUGUAUUGAAUUAAUAGAACAUUUGGAUUCAGGUGAUCUGGCCAGAUUUCCUGAAGUGGUAUUUGGGUACCUAUCUCCAUCCAUGAUUGUCAUCAGCACACCAAACUCUGAAUUCAAUCCCCUGUUCCCAUCAGUGACCUUAAGAGAUUCAGAUCAUAAAUUUGAGUGGACCAGAAUGGAGUUUCAAACCUGGGCUUUAUCUGUGGCAAAUCGCUAUGAUUACUCCGUGGAGUUUACUGGUGUUGGGGAACCACCAGCUGGAGCUGAGAAUGUUGGAUACUGUACCCAGAUAGGAAUCUUCCAGAAAAAUGGAGGAAAGGCAAUGGAAUCAUGUGUUUCAGAGCAGCAUGAUCAGCAUGUUUAUAAAGCUGUUUUUACCACCUCGUACCCGAGCUUACAGCAGGAAAAGUUCUUUAAACUUGUGUUGGUUAAUGAGGUGUCCCAACAAGUGGAAAGCUUGAGAGUGAGCCACCUGCCACGGCAGAAAAAACAGGAUGAGGAAUGGGGUGAUAAGCCCAAAGACUCAAAGGCCCCCGGCCCAUGCUUUGGACCAGUCUUCACAGAGGUUGAGAAAGCUAAGAUAGAGAACUCUCCCAAACCCUUUUGUGUUGGAGAUAAAUUUUUUGUGCCUCUGCAGAGACUACUUGCUUAUCCCAAGUUGAACCGCUUAUGUGCUAAUGAAGAGAUGAUGAGAUCAGUCAUUGCUGACUCAAUUCCUCUGAGCAGUGAUGGUUCUGCAGUGGUGGCUGACCUGCGUGAUUAUUUUGAUGAGCAGUUUUGAGUUUUAAACCAUCUUUAUUUCCUGAAGUUUCAGGGUCUCAGCAAUAGUUGUGUUCACUUAGAAUUUAGGGUGGGGGUGUAUGUGUGUGUGUGUGUGUGUGUGGUCCUAAUUCAAGUAAUGUUUUUAAAGUUUUAGUGCAAAAGUCUAUGUUCAAAGCCGUUGGACAGACCUGCUUGACAUAUGGCCAGACUGCAGUGAGCCCUGAGAAAGAUACUAGGGUUUAACUAAAAACAGGUGCUUUCCUUUGAUCUUGGACUUUUUUUUCUCAAGAAUAAAGAAAAGUUGUAUGUGGUAA